UCGUCGGAUUUCAUAUGGCGCGGGACGACCUCUCGCGACUUUGUCGCUCGCGGUCGGCCUCUUCGCGGCCAAACAAGGCUCACUCCACUCGCCAAUUCAAGAGGUCGACUUGUAGCAAGUUUUUAGAUCCUUUGAGCUAGUAUGUUUCGUUUUACCAUUUUAGACCACAAAAUACAUGCUUACAAGGUAAUUUCCUUUUUGUCUUUUAUGAAUUCUGCAUACAUACAUACCUUCAUAGGACGACCUGAAAUACUUCUUUAGGGUAAUAUCAUAUUGUCUGAAAUGGAUCGAAAGCAAACUAUACAAGCUAAUUAACAAUUAUUCCUCGAACCCGAAUGGGCUCUGAGUCAAUAGCCCAUGAGGCCCAGGCGAAUGGGCUUUUGACUCAGAGGCCAUGAGGGCGAGUGGAAUAAUUGUUUUAUUAAAAUCCAACUAGUUGGUCAAAAAUACCGAGAAUAAAAAAAAUUUAGCUAGUUAAAGCUAGACUUUAAUCCUUUUUUGCCGCCAAAAAGCCCGCGCUUUUCGCUAUUAGUGGGCUAUAACAUAUAGCCUAGUAGUAGCUCAACCAAUCAGAACGCAGUAUUGAUAAUACACAGCUAGCUGGAUUUUACUAAAAAGUUAUAUUUACUGUUGAGGUACGUUGUUUUCUAUCAACCAGGUACUUCCAUAUCCUUGGUACUCGCUACCUAGGCCUGGUUGUCAGAAAAAAAAAACUCAGUAUAACUAUUUUUGUCUUUUUCCCCCUCAGGCUUGAUAGCAGACCAAACAGGAAGCUAUGUUUAUUCAUUUUACAUGACUGGUGCUGUUCUUCUGAUUGCAUUUCUUAUCCCGAUGGUUUUAAUUCCUAUAAGUCAUACUAAGGCCAGAGUUCGUUAUCAAGGCUACGGCAAGGAACAAAACACGGGCGCGGCCAAGGCAUAAUGAAAAUGGUCUGAAUCUGAACAAUAUCAAUCAAACCAGUCCACGUACAGCUGGCUACUACAAAAGGUAUCACCAGCGCUUUCGUUAUCAGUAGUUACAAUAGUCAUCAGUUGUUACAAAAGUUAAGUCAAGAUUAAUCUACAAGCACGGACUAGGAGGGAUUGUAUCGGUAUUAGCUUCUAUUCUUAAUAUUCCUAGAUAGGUUUCGAAAGACAGGUUAUUAUAUUGCAAGCAUGGGCGACCUGUGAUUACCCAAAAGGAAGUAUUUUGCUCUUUCCUUCCGGCAGACUAAAUGCCGAUUGUUAUAAUUUCAUCGUCGGAUCCUAUUAAAUAAUGCUCUCAAAGACCAAAUCUACAGAAGAAUUCAAAGACUCACUGGAAUAAAAGAUUCAGAUUCAAAUUUUGGUCUUUCUAAUAUCUGAGUUAAAGGAGGGCUGGGAAAAGUAGUUCUUAGAUUUGAAUAUAUGAUUCUUUAACCAUAAAAGUUUAGUUAUAAUCUUAUGUGGACAGAGCAUCCUUCUAAAAAUAUACCCAAAAAAAUGCCUUUGUGUGCUGUAAGCUAACACAAGGUAUUUGGCCGAGCCAGUCAAGUCUGAGGCUUGACCUGCCACUUUUAAAGAGCUUAAGCAACGACGACGGUGAGGGCUCGCGCUGCCUCAAACUUUAUCGCACUCAGUUCCAUCUCCUUGCUACUUCACUUUUUCAGUGAAGUUUUCGUAGCCGUCACCGUUGUCUUUGCUUCGCUCUUUAUUAAGGAUGCCAAAGAUCAUAGAAAUCGUUUAAAUCAUUUCUACUGAAGAACGCGAUUCAAAACAUAACCAACGCGCAAAUAAAUAAGUUCGGGCUACGUUAGUUCGUCAAAUAUUGGCAAAUUUCUUGGAAGUUGAAUUCUAAAGGAUUGUGUCAAAGUUCGGGGAGGAAAGAGGAAAAGGAAACGGCUGUUGUUUUGUGUUCCCGUCGUCGACAAAACGUGAAAUCAGGCACUUUCUCGUUGUAGUCGCGCAACGACGGCUAAGAAAUGUACAAGAAAGCAUGACGCACAUGCCGAAGUUGUUGUUUUGCCAAUCUAAACCUAUAAUUGCUUUUUUGCUGUUCUCGUUGCCGUUGCCGUCGCCGUCGUCGCUGCUUAAGCUCCCUAUUUGUCAGAAAUUACUCGCCCCAUGUCAGGGAAUGCAAGACAGUCUUGGAUCCUAGAUUCCACUCAGACGAUUUCCGAUUCCAGAUUCCAGGGACUGGAUUCCUGAAUUCUGGAUUCCAAACUUACACUGUAAGUAAAGUGGAGGAUACUCAUGUUGACACAUCUGCUUUAAUGAAUAAACUAAGCAAGAUGACAAGAAAUGCAAAAUAAGUUUGCAAAUUUUGUAACAUUGCAUUGUAAUAACUUCAAUCAUUUAUAUAGAUCUAUCUUCCUUUUCCCUUCCCCUUCUUAAUUUCUUCUUAGUUAUUAAUUUCUUUAUGUUUCCUCUGCUCACCUCGAUUAGCCAAGCUCUUUACGAGCAGAGGAUGUUUGUGUAUUAUAUUUUUUUAAAUUUAAUUUAAUUUAAUUUGUAACUUAUGAAGACCAAUAAACUGCAAACUUCAAACUUCUCUGUAUUCCGUAUCCCAAGGCCUAAGAUUCCGGAUUCCAAAAGCAAAAUGUUCAUCGUUUCCGGACUUUUCGACACAAGCAAAACUACCCGGAUUCCGGAAUCUGGGUACUCGUACGUGGGGUUAAAUUACCGAUCAGACAUACCUUGCGAAUGGUAUUAAUAGUGAUGCACUUCCGAAAGAAGAAGAAAACCGUUAACCCGAAUUAAAAAGCGCGCACAUCGUUACCGGAUAAGCUUUGGACACUGAUAUUUGGGCACGUGGCAUUAUUAUUGGCCAAUAACUCUAUAAAGUCUAGCCAACCAGAAAGGAAUUUAAAUUUCUUAUUAUGUUUGUUUUAUCACCGUUACAAUCCGGAUAUAACCUGAAUGAAAUCGCCUGAUAUUAAUCCCCUAAAAACUUGCUAAUGUGACGCAGAACGUUCGCAAAACGUUUUUUAUUACUCGACACAAAGGACUCCUAAGUAGAAGAAGAGGUUUGCUUGCAAUGAGGCCUUAAGUCGAGUCUCUGGCGGAAUAUAUUCAGACCAAACGAAAAUGCAGACAAACGCAGAGCAAGAUCGUGAUCGGCACGAGAGACUUGUUAAAUUAUGGAGGUGUUUCAGAAACAAGCAUCAUCAAGACAGUGCUUGGUCGUGGGUUGUGUGUAUUUCAGCAGCGAUUUGCAAUGCUCUUAACCUUGGCUUUGUUCUUAGCUUCGGUGUUCUGUUCCCAGUAUUGCUGGACUAUUUCAAUGAGACAAGGGAAAGAACCGGUGAGUAGAAAGAAUCAUUUUUUUCUUCUAUUUGUUUGUUAUACCUUGAACACUAUCCGGGAAGAACUUGCCUUUUUGAAGGACUAACCUACUGCUUAAACCUGUGCAUCGCAGAUGCAUAUUUCUCGGAGUCUUUCUUUCUGUCCUUACAUUUUUAUUAUUUACCCCAGUGAGUCUGUCGUAGUAAUUAUAUUUGUCAUCAACAUUAUCUAAAACACUAACACUAAGUCUAUGUUCAAUCAUUUUUAGCUUCAUUCCCUGUCUUACAUUCAGAUCUAAAGAUAAACAAUUAAUGAGGUGAAACUAAGUUUCAAUUCAUUUUUUCCGCCCUGUGUUAUGCAACUAGGGAAUUUUAAGUACAACAACUACCGGCGUCUGCGGACCAAACCACAAACAAAACUGUUUUUAACAUGCAGACUCCGAUGCCCUUUAGUGAUGGUUUUGUUCACUUCUCUACAUUUCUUUGCAAAACAACGUUAUCAAUGAUCAAUCAUCUCUGGUAAGGAAAAUGAAAAUACUUUCGUUCUUUUGUUUUCCAGUUUGUUUUUCCACGCACGUGACUUGCAUCACCCAGAGCUACAAAACGUAGCUUGGUAAUUCAACUUUUUCAAAGAUGUUUUCACAGACAAGCUUUCAUUCUUUUUCAAUGUACGUGUGUCGUUUCAAAAAAGGUCUCAACCUCCUUUUGCUACGAUUAAGCGGUGAAUUUUUUUUUGUACGUGGAUUUUUCACGCACGUGAUCUGAAUGAUUCCAGAGCUACAAAAUCAACAAUUUCAAAAAUGUUUUCAAAGACGAGCUUUAAUUCUUUUUCAGUGUGUCGUUUUAGGUAGGUCUCAGCCUCCUUUUGCUACGAUUUAGUGGUGAUUUUUAAAUCUUGUGGGCUUCUUCUUUCUGUAUUACACGUUUAAAACAUUUUAACAGUCUAUCUGAAAAACAAUGUUGUCUUGUGAUUAGACUCAGGGUCAUAAGGUAUUUUUGAGAAUGUAAAUCAGCAGAUGUCGAAUUUCUAUUAUUGUCCGCUCUUCUGAAAGUUGACCCUAAAUCAUUGCAAUACACACGUGUAGAACAUAAGACAGAAUAAGACAUCACUGUUAGUCACUGUUUAAGCUAAUUUAAAUGAAAAUAAAUAAUAAUUAUAAAAGACUAUGACGAUGGUUAAGAUCUUGAUUAAAAGCUUAUCGUAAUACAACCUAUGUAAAUGCCAUAUGAUUCUAAAAGCUUACUUCCAUAAAUAGCUUCAAUAUCAUUUACAAAUUACAAAUUAUGACAUAUUACGUAAUAUUGAACAUGUAGCAUUGUUGUGUCUCACUAUGCAUUCUUGAUUAUUUCUUCUUUGGCCGCUUUGUUUAAUUUAUCCGUCGUCAUGCAUGCAGUUACGUUCUUCGUGUUAACCAAAUACCGCAACUUGAUAUUUCAAUAGUAUAAGCCCCGAGGCUUUAAAGGACAUUCAUCGUGCACGUGUGUGAGGGUACCAUAUCGGAAAAAUUGUAUUCAGAGUUAAAUUAAAUGUGGAAGGUUCACAGUAGGCUAGCCGAAAGGAGUCCGCUUUCGAUAUAUUAAACGUUUUUUGUGUUCACAUUGGAAUAUCGGGAAAAAUUUUCAAUUUUGAAUGUUAAGACAAAAUUAAAAGUCAGACAUCCCUGUUAAGUCACAGUCUAAGCUAAUUAUAAUGGAAAUAAAUAAUAAUUAUUAAAAAAUAAUAAUAAAGACAAUGAUGAUGGUUAAGAUCUUGAUUAAAAGCUUAUGCUAUAGUAAUACUACCUAUGUAAAAGUCUUAUCAUGGGAUGCUAAAAGCUUACUUCCAUAAAUAUUUUCUAUAUCAUUUACAAAUUACAUGUAUGACACAUUACGUAAUAUUGAACAUGUAGCAAUGUUGUCUUUCGCUAUGCAUUCCUGAUUAUUUCUUCUUGGACCGCUUUGUUUCAUCUAUCUGUCGUCAUGCAUGCAGAUUCCUCGUGUUAACCAAUUAGAUUACCGCAGCUUGAUAUUUCAAUAGCAUAAGGGACGGACCAUUAGAAAAGUUAUGGGGGGAGUGGGGAAUUUUUGAGCCGCAGGAAUUUUUUUCCGUUAUCAAAUUUCUUGUAUGGAUGUUUUUUUUAGGCCGUAGCAUGAAUAUUUUUUAGGGUUAAUUGGCGUGCAUGAAUUUUUUUUUUCAUUUAAUUUUCCCUUGCGCGAAUAUUUUUUUUUUUUACUUCGCCCCCCCCCAACAGUUUUCUAAUGGUCCGUCCCUAAGCCCCGAGGCUAUAAAGGACCGUGCACGUGUUUGAGGGUACCAUAUCGGAACUGUUCAAGACAAAGAAUCAAAGAUCUGUGUUUACUUUGGUACGACAUCAUUUUAUCUAAAUGAUUCAAAACUGUAAUCAGAGUCAAAUUAAACGUAAAAAGUUCACAGUUAAGCUAGCCGAAAGUAGUCCGCUUUCGAUAUAUUAAAAGUUUUUUGUGUUCACAAUGCAAUCGGGAAGAAAUUUUCAAUUUUGAAUGUUAUUAGCCUUGGAGUCACAUGCUUUGAUAUAUCGGAUGUGUACUGUUACCCGCAAGACUUGUAUAUAGAGGUCCAUAGAAGUGCAUGUAGGUAGUAAGCUCUUAUGGUAAUCAUUAGAAUGCGCAAGAGAAAUAGAUUCUUAAUUUUUAAGAAUAACCAUUUUGGAAGUAACCAGAAACCGUGACUGUUCAGCUCAUAGAAUGAUUAUGCUACUUUCAGUAAUAUAUAGAUUUAGCGAGGGCUAAAAGCGAAGCUCUCGAUAAUAUUCACAGUUUGUUCAAACAAAAUAUAAAAUCGUGUAAUGCUAAGCGGCGAAGGCAUGCAAGGCCGUAAAAAGGUGAAAACAACAAUAGGCCGGUCUAAUUAGCAAAAGCAACUUUGCACGUGCAACACACUUUUUUUGUACAUUUCUUUGCCGUUGUUUUGCGCGACUAUUAAAACGUGAAACUUCCAGAAACUUCUUAGGGGCUAUUUACAUGGAGGGAGGAAGAUCCUAGUACCAGGAAGAUCCUACAAGGUGGAAUAACUUUACGUUGGGUUUACAUGCAGAAAUUUCGGCCCGCCUUGUCCAAGUAGGGAAGGUUAGAAGAGAAGAAGGAAUUAAAAAUGGCGGAUCACAAAAUCAAAAAUGCAAUUUGGGUCCUUCUGCUCUCUUUACUGGCGUAAAUCACUACCUUUCAGCUGAAUUAACACAAUAAUCUGCUCGUGGAUUACUCUAAACGAAAUGGUCGGCCUUUAUUGCCGUAAUUAGCCAAUGAACGACCCGCCGACCUUUUUGUCGCGUUUGUCCCUAGUACUAGGAUCUUCCUAGCGAAAGCAGUGUACAUGGUGCUAGGAUCUUCCAACCUGUCAGCUAGGGAGAACCUAGUACUAGGAAGACCCUAGCGCUAGGGAUAAGUACAACCCGGCUUUGCAUGUAAACUGAAUGCAGAAAACAUAUGGCGCUAGGACUGAUCCGCCUUCUAGGAUCUUCCUGGUACUAGGAUCCUCCUCCCUCCAUGUGAACAGCCCUUUAGUUACACGUUUUAUGGAGGAAAUGUCGUACGUGUUCCCGUUCACUACCGCUCAUUUUCACCUUGCAUUGGUGGCCGCUAGCAUUUCUCAUUUUUUUACCGCCGCUACAAACUUUUCCUGUUGUUCUUCCAACGAAAAAAUGUCUCCUUUGUUUUUUAUCUCUCGCUUUAAAUCCCUGCCGCUCUUUUUCUCGUUGAGCUUCGCUGGCCUACCACCCACUUUCUCUUUUUCUCUGUCUUUCUCUUGCUCUAUAUUCCAAAUUAGCGGACUUGACAAUUUAUCUAAGCUUAAUACUUUAGACAACACGGAUACAUAAACAAUUUCCCGUUUUAGUCUUGAUUGACUCUUUUGUUGUCUCUGCUUUACGAGAUGCCAGUGGCUAUGCGAUUUCCCGCCAAAAUAACCUCGAGUUGCAUUUGGGUUACCAUACCUGUUGAUUGAGUCAUGAUUUUAUAUUGGUAUGCCUGUGGUGCGGACGGACGGUCUCUCGGGUGGGCGGUCGGUCGGAGUACGGUCACGUGAUUACCAAAUUUCUCGGAUGGGUAGAUUACUUCAUUUUCUUAACCAUGGUGCUCCGCUGGCGCGCUUCGCGCGCGAGAGCUCCGCUAAAAGUGUAUGAAUCAUAUAUCUGACUUAAAAAUUGGUCGUUGCAAUUCUGCAUAAAACCGUCACUUACGUCGUCUUACCGUCACUUCUCCUUGGUGCAAACAUUUGAAAAUCAGCAUCUAUAAGGAAAAUCUUGAACAAAUUCUUGAGAGUUGCAAGUCAGAUUGAUAUUGAUCUUCCCUCUUGCUCUUUGUCUUUUUUCAACACGGUAAACUGUUUCGUUCUAAAAAGGCGCUUUAGUCAAAAGAUAUGCGCCCAUUCUAAAAAACCUCAGAAAAGCCCGAGGAUACCUGAAGUCUAUGAUUCAAUCAACCUUCCACGUCCACUCGUUGUCCAUUGAACGAUAACUCCACUGAAGGGUCGAUAAGAGGGAGUGGGAGGAUGCGAACGGUAGUAAAAACCGAAUUAACUGUUUAAGAAAGCGGGCUUCAAGGAAUCAAACAACAACAACAAUACACUCCAUUGAAAAAAAGUAGACUAUGAGAUACAGCACGCCAUCUUAGUCGACAUACUUAAUUACGUCACUUUUUGCUAGAUAUUCAUCAGUAUUAUAACAAGCAAUAAAGUUAAUUAUUACAAUAGUUCAUCAUUAUCAGUUCUUCCUAAUCUUUACAUAUCUUUUAGUUUGUAUCCGACUCGUGACUCUUGUUAGAAAUGAAUACGUGCUGAUGUUCAUAAUGAUGAUAUUAAACCGAAAUAAAAAUUCCUUUUCAGCUCUUGUUGGCUCACUAGCUUUGGGCAUGCCGUUGUUUGCUAGUCCGCUGCCUGGCUAUCUUUCUGAUCGCUUUGGCUGUCGCAUAACAAACUUCAUCGGAGGCGCCUUGUGCGUGACUGGCUUGGCGGUGACGUCAUUUUCCCACAAUCUCAAUCUUAUGUAUUUCACCCACAGCCUGGUAUUUGGUUUGGGGGUAUGUUUUAUCUACAACUGCAGCUAUCUUGUUACUGCACAGUACUUUAAAGAAAAAUUGUCCUUGGCAACGGGCAUUGUAGCUUUGGGAGCAAGUGUGGGUGUCCUAUUUACAGGUCCACUGCUUCAAGUUCUUUUGGAUUCGUUUGGAUGGAGAGGCACGUACAGAGUAGCUGCCGCGUAUUUCACAAUUGUCUGUAUUCUGAGCUUAACAUACAACCCAAAUGUACAAAAAUCAACGGAGAUUGAAUUCAUCAAUAACAGUGAGGAUACUGAGAGAGGUGAAAGAAGUGGUAUUUCUCUUUACUGUAGCGUGUGGACGUUUCCUACGUUUGCUGCAUCCGUCAUGUCUUUUGUGUUUGGGAGUUUUGGAAUGUACAUUCCGUACAUCUAUCUGGUUAGUUUCCGCUUUGCUUUUCCUGCAUGUUUUUCCAGUAAAAGUAAAAACAGGGGCAGUUAAGCUAUUGUGUAACUUCACCAUUAGACCAGCCCUAUUAAUACGACCCCCUUUAGUUAAUGCGGAGUCUUCGUUAAACGUGACCACCUCAUUAGUGUGACCACCCGAUGCGACCACCCUGUUAUAACGGCCACAUUAAAAGUCCAUUAUUUAAGUACUAUAUUAAAAACAAAUAAUAUUUAGUUUUAGACAGGGCCAAAAUCGAACGGCUCUGGUAGGAUCUUAUAAGAAAUAUCUUUCAGGAGUACAAUUCUACUUUCGGCAAUUAAGUAAAGGAAAGGGAAUUCCUCCUGAAAUACUGCAGGGCCUGAGCCUGAUAUCAGUUCAAAAACAAUGACUGGUCAGCGGAGAAUUAAAAAAACGUCACAUCAAUGAAUUGUACACCAUGAUAAAGUCAUGUGAUAUUGGCCAGCGGAUACUCUAUUUUGACACCUGUCAAUUGACCACAACAUGGACGUCCAAUAUCAAGUUAGACACAGAUUGUGUACCGUAUUUCCGCGAAUAAGCACCCGGGCGCUUAUUUCAGAUGUCAGCUAAAAAAAUGGGCGCUUGAUCGAAUGAGGACGCUUAAUUGACAGGGGGAGAACGCUUAAGUUAAUUAUUCCUUUAAAAGAACUAGAGAAUGGUCUACUCGUUCCUGGAAAGGAAGUUUUCGGCAUAUACCAAGAGCGCAGGCAAUAGGACAAAAAUUAAAAGAAGAGAUAACCCACAUAGAGGAACACUGCAAGCGAGCACGUGGAUAUAAAACUAAAUGGAAGUGACUUAACGGAUAAGAAACUAUUCUCCCAUACUGAUUCCGCUGUAAUUGACGCCUAAAAAGUGAAAAAUUAAGUGGCCAUAAAGCUGGUUUUCCAUGUAUCCCUAAUAUUCAAGAAAGUAAGGGGGAGUGGAGGGGCGCUCAUUCGAAGGGGGUGCUUCAGGUUUGAUAUAAUGGUUUUAAGGGUGGGCGCUUAUUUGGGGGAGGGCGCUAAUAAGAGCAUUAGUGCUUAUUCAAGGAAAUGAGAUAUGCCUUCAACUCCAAACUAGUACGUUUGUAAUUUCACAUCCUCUAACGUAAAAGGGGAGACAUACAGACGGACGAUUUUGUCACAACAAAAUUCUUGCACGCAUAGUGACUUGUUUUCUUGUAUUUUGCUAUCUUAACAUUCGUUGUAUUGGCAAAAGUGACACUUAAAUGUGUAGGAGUUCCACAAGAGAUGAACUAAGGCUUUCGUAUCAAAACUCAAUGACAAAUGUUUUUGUUGGUUUCUGGCUGUCAUGUUGGUGCCCAUCCGAAUGGGCACCAACAUGGCGUCUCUAUACAAAGCUCUAUAGAUAUGGGUCUCCUUGGGGCCAAUAAAACUACACUAACUGUGUCGAUUGUGUUUAUAGGUUGAGUAUUCCGAGGAUAACGGAAUAACCGCCCAGGAUGCUUCACUACUGUUCAUUUAUAUUGGUCUUUCUUCGUCGCUUGGCCGGAUUAUAACGGGAAAGGUGUGCAAUAACAAGAAUGUAAAUCCAGUUUUUAUGCACCAAGCAUCCAUGCUCUUAGCUUCUAUCUCCGCCUUUUUGCUUCAGUUUGCCACCAAAUACGGGUACUUAAUUAUCUUCAGUGCUGUAUAUGGCUUCAGUGAUGGAGUUUUCUUAGCAACUCAGUGUUUUAUCUUGCUGAGCUGUGUGGAUGCUAAAAGAACAACAGCGUCCUUCUGUAUCAAUAACGUUCUUUAUUCAUUUACAGCAGCCGCCGGUGGACCCAUUGCUGGUGAGUUAAUUUGCAAUUCUUUUCUUACCAGUAAACUCUUUCAUAAGUAGUUGGGAUAUGAUCGUCUUUGAAGUGUUGUCCUCAGUAGGAUAGUGGUUGAUAAUGACGGACGUUUGUGCGUUAGUCAUCUUCAGAGUCAAAAGUGAGGUUGUAUCAUUUAACCUCGGACGUACAAGGUAGGGGGGGGGGGUUGGGAUGCCACCCCUUAAAGUUUUUCUGAGUUUUCUCCUGGAGGAUAAAACAUCAGCACCUGAUGUUUUCAGUAGCUGUUCGUUCAUCCCUCGCGCGCAUUUUGAGUCAAGUUCAGUAAUGGUCAGUUUCUAUGGUUACGAGAUAUGACGUCAUAAGUAGGAGGUGGUCAAGUUAUUUUUGAGUGCAAGUACAUGUCUUUCCAACUUUUUCCAACAUAAAAGUAAAUCUUGUGGCUAAAAUCAAGCAAAGUGCUUAUUAUUUUCAUGUCAAGCACAAAAAAACCAUUUCUCGCGGUUUUAACCUAGUUUCUAACUCUUGGUAAAACCGAGAUGGCGGCUAAGAUUGCGACCAUUGUUGGUGACGUCACAGGCCCCCAGCAGCGCUACCAACCAUAAAAUAUACCUCAUCUUGUAGAGAAGAUCAAAGUCUUUCCACUGAAGGUAAAAUCGUUUCCAAAUACUGCAACAAAGCAAAAACUCUAAAGGGAGGGGAGGUGGGGGUCUAUCCACCCCCCAAUGUACCACGGAGGGGGUAUGAUUUUGCGUGUACUUCCGAGGGCUAAGUUGAUGGUGGUGAUGCUCGAUUUACCAUGUCAUGAUAUGUACUAUUGUGUCGUUCUAUGGUGUGAAGUUUAUUAUGUUAUUGUGUAAGGGUUAGGGAUCAUCACUGUUGUAUUCCUUGUGAAGUACCUCGAGAAUUCCUAUUCACGGUAUGACUCUCUCGUUACUGACCAGUGUGAUUAGUCAAUGAAGGCCGUGUGUUACUGGUUGUCUGAUCUGUCAGUUGUAAAGCCACGAUGCUAUAUUGGUUACGAAGAGUGUAAACUGUUUUUUCGAUAUCCUAGCUUUCUAUCAGGAUGUCAUACUUUGUUGUGAAAACAUUCGGAAAUGGGCUGAUUGCGGUACAAAUUGGUACACCCAUAUCCUUAAUAAGUUAAUGAGCUUUAAUGGGCUUCUAUUGUAAUCCCAACGAAAAGUGGCAAAACGAAAGGAAAAAUAUAUUUAGGGUUUUAAAAGAAACCUAACAUAGUCAUUAUCUGUUUUUUGUCUUAGGCUUGAUAGUGGACCAGACUGGAAGCUAUGUUUAUUCAUUUUACAUGACUGGUGCUGUUCUUAUGGUUGCAUUUCUUAUUCCAAUGGUUUUGAUUCCUAUCAAUCACAGAAAGGCCAGAGUUCGUCCUCUUGAAGGCCACAGUAAAGACGAUAUGGUUACGGCAAAAUCAAAAGGGCCUGAAACUGGCCAAGAUCAAACCAGUCUUGGAGAAACGCCAACCUAAAGGCAUUAAGACUGCUACUUCAUAUGUGGAGCUUAGACUUACUUUGAUGAAACAUACUGAUUUUCACAUACUGAAUGUAUGAAUGUACACUACAGUAUUAUAAAAGGUCUUUUGUGCGCACACGUACCAUGAGGUCCACACAGCUGACGCCUAACCCGGUUUUUGAAACAUGAAGUAUCCUAGAGUACUGUGUCAACACUGCAGGAUCCCGCACUCCCCCAAGCAGAAUGUCACCGAUACCCCUUUGUACAUAUGGGUAAAAAGAGACAAAGUAAUUAACAAGAAGUUUCUCGAAACCAGGCCUAGGGUUUAAACUCGAACCUACAGACAGUAAAGGAAGUCUUUCGCUCAAAUGAACUUCAGUUGUUUUAAAAAUUACAUCAAGCGAUAAAAUUCUCCUAUCAGUUACAAUAAAACGAAAAACGUUGUUUUAAAUACUUUGAAAUCUUUCAUCACCCUCAAAAGAACAAAGCUAGGAUUUUUUUUGUAUUUUUAAAAGUCCUCUUUCUGAAAAUUUAGCUAAACUCCGUGUUUAGAACCAUUUUGUGUUAUGAAGAAAAUAAUCAUGCAUCAUCCACUCGCUUGGGAAUGAAAUGUUGCUCGUAUACACAUACUCAGUAAAGUUAAGCAAUCUGUUUCGUUCGCUAUCUCGGGUUGUUCAGGUAUAUUCACCCAUAACGAGGUGAUGGCAAUAUACAAUCAUUGAGUCAUUUAUUCUGACAUCAUUGAUUGUAUAUUGACAAUACGAAAUCUUUGGUAUCAAGCAAGACGACAGCGCCGCAGCAUAGCUGUUUUGGUGUAACUGUGCCGAAUUCGCUAAAAAUCCUUGGGUCUGUGGGAUUUACUAUCGGGGGCCGCCCCUCCCCCUAGAACCGCCUCUGAUCUGGGGGUCUGUUAUCCACCUUGGCCUUCAUCUUUUCUUGAUAAAACCCUCAAUCUGGACCCCGGAAUGAAUCCCGGACCCCCCGGCUCCCGGAUAAUUGCCGAAGUUUGCAAUUUCUUGUAGAUUCGACUUUCUGUCAAUGAAAUUUCAAAUAUUUUGCGUUGUUUGAGUUAUUUAACUUUUAACAUCGAGCGUUUCCUCAGAAACCUCGGUAUGCCAUUGUAAUAUAUGCAAUAAUGUGAUUGGUGGUAAGUAAACCAAUCAAGUACAACUGCUACAUAACAUCCUCAGUUUUAACAUGAAAAUUAGCCGUAAGAAGAAUGUUGGUGAAAUUUUCCUUAUAUCUUGAUUCUCCUUUGCGAAAAGACGCAUUUACGUGUACCAUUCAACCACAUUCCUCGAACAUAACAAAUAAACAAUCUUUCAUUCCAAGAUAUUUCAGCGAUGUAUCUAAAAGAACUGCAAAAGCUAUAGGCUCGAUUUCCGCCGUCUCCCGGGUCCGAUCUAUGAGUGCGGGCUCAUUUUCCCGAACAGCGGCUGGUAAUCGAGCCUACAAAAGCUAUCGAGUUGCAUAAUUUCGAAAAGAGGAACGGCAGUGGAAAAAUAUAAAAUAAAACAAACGCAUCUGGCUCAUGUUCAAGAUAUUUUAUAGCGUCUAAACUUAUCUGUUUACACAGAUUUUCUUUCAUUUCAGCCGCGUUUUUAUUCAGAGGAAGUUGAUUUACGUGACGUAGCGAUCGGAGCAGCAAGUGGCUGUUGUCGUUCUUGGGGGGUAGGGGGGUGCUGCCAUAAAUGGGCUAUAUAGGUAUGGGCUGUGAAGGGUUUUCAAGCAGUUUACUCUGGGAUAGGGUAGAUAAAUCAAAGAGUUUGGGUCUAGAAUAGGGAAUCAUUUUCCAAGAAAAUGAUCAAUUGAUUGAAGAUUUUAGCCAGACUAGGGAAACGGGGAAUUGCCUCAGUUGUCGCUCUACGCACUCGCUUUCACGCGUGAGCGUGUCGUCGAUUUUCGAAAAGAAAAAGAAAAUAACUUCUGUGUAGAGGCUAACAUUUUCUGAUAUGCAUACUGAUGCAUUAGUGUAUUAAAUCGAACGGAAGACGUUUUAUUCGAGGGAAUACGGUAGCUAUGAAUCGCAAUUUAUUUAUCAUUUAAGUGAUUAAUACUGCCGUUUUAGUUUUUACAAGCCACAUUAAAUUCGAAAAAACACCACUGAAAACUACAGAAAAUCUCUUACAGACCUUACAGAAAACUAGAAAUCGCACAUUGUUGCAAUUUUUGAUUGACACUUCUAAUGGACAAAUUUGUCAGAUACUCGAUACCUCCGUUUCAGACAGCGAGUGUCACGCACUUUAGUCUCACAAGCCUCUCACGGUGCGUAUUAUAUACCGAAAUGUCGAAGUAUCUAUGGUUUAGUUUGGUAAUCUUCGCUUGUUCCUUGGGACAAAGCUCAUCAACCUGGUGGAGUCCUUUUCAGUGGCGAGAGUAUUGGCAAGACUGGUUCAGUGAACCAGAGAAAGGACAAACACAGCCUCAAAAUGGUAAACCAGAAAUUUUGCCCAAUGGCAAAGGGUAAGUUAACAACAGCAAUCGCAUGCCUUUUUAUCUCUGCUUGGUUUUGACCAAGUUAGAGACUACAUCUCCAGGGAAGGAAUUUAAUCAUUAUAAAAGUGAAUACUUUAUUUAUUUACUUGCAAUAGUAAAAGAACUAAGACAACUGUCUGUUAGGGAACGAUGUAUCUGAAUUACAUAUCAAAGAACGAACCGAGGCUCGCAUAUUUUCUCUUAAUUAUACAACGAAUAUUAACCCAAAAUAGGGCAGACAUUUGUUACAGGAAGAAAGUAAGGUCUUUUCUAUGGACUAAUAUAGAAUUCGUAAGGUAAAGGCCUCCCCUAUUAUGCAAAAUAACAUGGUUAAAAACGUUGGCUGGUCAGCUGCGGUUUUGUGGCCAUAACAUUAUCAUUGCCUGCUGGAUUACCCCUUUCGGAUGUCUUGCCUUCUUUCAUGCAGAGAUGCUUUUUUCUCUUUCUUUUCUAUUGUGCAAGAUAACUUUUUUGUCCUUUUUUUCCAAAUUGACGACAUUUCGAUUAUUUAUGGAAUUUUGAGACAAGCAAACUUCCGGAAGUUGGUUUAACCUUUACUACGCCCUUUUUGUAGCUUUAUACAUCCGGUGUUUGGUAACGACAUGAAUCGACAUACCAACUUGUCUCUGUGGAAAGGGGGGGUGGUGGGGGAUGCUUUUAAAAAUAUGAACGCAGAGCUUUGAUUUUAUAAAUUUGUGCCACAAGCCAGGGGUCAGUGACAAAACUUAACCGUUAACGUCCAGGCGUAUUGUAAAGGUGGAAUGGACAGGACUGGACAGAACUGGACUGUGUAAACAUGGCCUGGACUGGAUUUGUAAAACAUGAGUGGAGAGAUUGACUGGGCUGAACGGCAAAUGUAGGACGUUACUAUUUUCGCAGGAACGGGAGGGGUCCAUACCUGGAUAAAAUCCUUGAGAAAUCAAGUUUCCAAAAUGCUACAUGUAAGGCGUGCCGUGCAUGUACCUAUUUGCAUGUAAACUGUAAAUCAGUUUACGCGCGCUUGUAAAUCUGGCCACAGUUGUUCAAGGCUUUGACGCUGAGAGCGGUUUGUCGCUCAUUCGAGUGCGGUGCCUAUUAACAAUAAAAAAAAUAAGUGCGCUUAUUGAAGGUAAUGAAAGGAUAAAGAAUGUUUUUAUUUUAUUAGCGAUUCGUAGAUACGCCAACUGCAAACUUGCACGCUCGUAACAGCGCGCACACUCAGUCGUUUCCAGUUUCUUCUAGUGCCCGACGACCUAUCAAUGUACAACAUUAAUGCCUUGCAGCCAGAGAUAGACAAAACUACCUCUUCUUUUUCUCCUUGUAGCCCGAACGUUUGCGAGCAUCACAUUCUUAAAGGAGUUUUUCGAAAAUGUCAGAAAGUGCCUGGGAAACGUCGACUGCAAUGCAGGUUAGUGACGUCAACUCGCAGAUAUAAAGUUGUGUACAUGAAAUGCACAGCAUGUUUCAUUAAAAAAUAAUAAAUAAAUAAAUAAAUAAAACUAUUAAUAACCAAAGGUUACGGAGGGGGGCGACAACGAUCGAACUUCAAAACGCUUUUGCUCCAGCGACCAGCGCUAGGCUUUGCGUAAGCUUCAAGUGACAGAUGGUCAAAACGGGCGUGAUCAGAUUACGAGUGAUAGAAGACCCAAAUGCGCGUGAUCAAAUUGCGUUCUGUGCAUUCCAUUCAUUCUUAGUUGAAGUCCAAACAAAUGCUGGUUACGUACAUACGACGCAUGCGUAAUAACAACCUGGGGAUUAGGAUUGCGGGCUCCUAUUGUCCCGCGCAAUUACAACAAAUUUGCUAGAGAAUUUACAAUUCAUACAUUUUUUACCCAUCAAUUUAUGUGUUUUAAGCCAUAAUCAUUUUCUACCGACCGAAUACAUGUUCACCAGUGGAAAAUGUAAUAAACAAUUUAAAUAUUCUCUCAUGAUCGCAUAGGACAGAGCGGCGCUAUUUAACAGAGUAUCGGUGCUGUCCCGGAUACGCUCAAGAAAACGGAAGUCCCGGAUGUCCGAAAGGUAUACUUAACUGAUAUGGCACUGAAGAAUUGAAAGUAGUGUACCUUUCUUGUUUGACUAAACUUUUGCUGUAUGACUUUGUUCUGGCUUUUUUCGCCUUUUUAAUCUCAUUGAGAAGAAUGGAAAUUUCGUAUCUGACUUACAUUUUUGCCAUAAAUAUCAGUUUAUAUUACACGAAACUUGCUCACAUUUGUCGCAUAAAGCGUAAAUAAAAUUUGCUCGGAACAAAUAUGGUUUAUAAGUGCAAGCUAUGAGGGAAUGGGGUAAAUUACAGACCUUGAUACAACGAAUCUUUUUACAGCGAGGUCCUCGGUAUAACGAACGAUAUUCUUCUGCCUAUGCAUAGCACAUUAUUCUUGAAAAUUUAAGAACCCCGAUAAAACGAAACCCUUUUUAGCGCCAAUCCCUUGGGCCUUCGUUUUAUCGGGGUUCCACUUUUGUUUGCCUUUUUUGCACCAUAUUGGUUCUGAGCAAAUUUGAUGGAUGAAAUCCUAUUUUCGGUACAGUGACAGGUGAACUGACUGUAGUUUGUCAGUUUUGUGCUCGGGCAGUCGUUCUAGAGCUAAAUUUGGUCCUUGGUAGAAUAAAGUUCAGAAAUAACUCACACUCUGAUUGAUUAAAAAAGCAUGCUUAAUGACACUAUAUAACACGAAGCCAAAAUUUUGGUUUGAAAAUUAGAAAGUAAUUCGCGCGAGGGGAAUUUAAUGGAUUCUUUAUCAUAAAACAACAAAGAAGCCUUGACUGUUCUCUGCAGUUCUGUUGUAAAGUUCUUAGGAAACGGCUAGAGCGCUCAAGAAGUAGAAACACUUGACUACGUCUUGCGUUUCUCCCUACACUUCUUUCGUGCUCUAGUCGCUUCCUGUGUGCUUUACAACAAAACAAAGCACAGUCAAGGCUUCUUAAUUAUUUAAGCCCUACACCCCCUUGUCACCAUGCGACAAAACUUUAUUUCCCUCACCCCGGUGCCUUUCUUCACCUCUUUUCCAAUGUUAUCGUUAAUACCAGGGAUUGUAAGAUUGAUCGUUUUUCGGAGUAAGAAUACCCAAUAGGUUUGUUACAAAUCUCUGGUGCCCUAAUUUUUUUCGCCAGUUAAACGUUAAAUACAGCAGAAUAUUUUAUUUCAAGCAGAUUUCUAGAAAUGAACGCCAAAAUAAUUGACUUCUAGUAGAGUUUUUUCCAGCCGAGGCGGGUCAAUCGAACAUGCCUUUAAUCAUGGGAAAUAAGGAAUUGAUCAACCAUGAUCAUUCCAGCUUCUUCCUCUUGAUGUUUGAAAUGUUGAAAUGACUUACUAUCACAAAAUUUACUUAAUUCCUUUCAUAGACGAAUAAUGUGAAUGAGACAUGUUUGUUGUAUUCUAAUCACGUCCUGUGUUUGUUUUAGAGCUUCAUACGUCAAAUAAGAGCUUAAUCGAAGUCGCGGAGUCUCUUAGUUUGCGACAGUUUGUUCGACUGAUGAACUUGUCUGGCUUUUCUUCGAAAUUGGAGUCAGUGACGCGUUGCACCUUCUUUGUUCCUUCGGAUCAAGCUUUCGCCGCUCUGCCACCGGAGAAGUUAACAGAACUAGAGAGUGAUUUGGAACUACUUCGUUCCACGCUAAUGCUGCAUGUGGCGCACGGAAAGAUUGUAACUGAAGCAAUGAAAGACAACAGUAAAAUAACUACACUUGACGAGGCUGAGAAACUGCGUAUCAAUGUAGUAGAUGAUGGCGAGGUAUGGGUUCAGUGUUGAUUUUUUUCUUAAAAAUAGUGAAAUGAAAACCUUGAUCUUUGUAAAGGUUAACGUAAGGGGAACACGCAACUGCGAUACUCACGCUGACGUCACUUAUUGAUAUAUUUAUGUGCCAAUCAGAUGGGCAUUGGUUCUUGAAACAAAAGAUGCUUUUGUUUCACUCGUUACAAAUUUGAAUAUGAUUAAGUUUAUCAGCGAAUCUAAUUGUCUGUUGCAACAACAACAACAACAACAACAGCAAUGCAAACUUUCAAUCAUGCAAAAUAGAAAGCAUGCUUUUUUCCUUCUGCCUUUGUUCAGCUCCCUUGUCAGCUAGUUUGCUCUGUCGCUUCUUACCAAGCCUAGCCUGUUUCAGGUUCUCAGAUGGUAGCUAGGGACGUUGCGAAAGCAAGGUCAAGCGAACCCUCAGCUCUCCACUGAACCCCGCGCGUUUAUUGCAUCAGUUUUCCACGAACCCUGCGCCACGUACUAUCUCGGAGCCUGGAACAGGCUAUUCGACAGACUGAAUAGGGACUGCUUGCAGUCCACGGAACCCCCAGCUCUGAAGGCAAGUGCUCUACCAACCUACCCUGCCGCGGUUAUUGAUUUUUAGCUAUUUAUGUUUCAUUGGCAGACAGUUGUUGUCCAAGGGGGACAAAUCCUUCUACCGAAUCAGGGAGCAGCCAAUGGCAUUAUCCACGUCAUUGACAGAGUCCUAAAGCCAACCGCUGGUGAUGUUCAAACCCUUUUGAAAAACGACCCAAAUUACAGCAUUUUCUCGCAGAUGAUAGAGAACACUGCAAUGAACUUUACUAACAUCACAUUGUUUGUACCGAGUGAUGAGGCUUUUGAAGUGAUGGACCGCGAGAGACUGGAAAGGCUUAUUUCCAACGAAGACUGCGUUGAAGUAAGUCUUUUAAUGAUUAUCGAUAAACCUAUCGGUCAUCUACCUUUUAUUCCAUGACGUUACUGAAAGUCCCGACAUUCACUCUUGUUUUACCCUCGCUAGCUAGAUCUAGCUACAAUAGCGACUAGACACACACUAAAUAAUAAUAAUAGUAGUAGUAAUAAUAAAGAUUAUACAUAUUGAUAAUAAAUAAUUAUGAUCGGUUACUGUGAUGGUGAUAAUAGGGAACUUAAGAUAGAGACGUUUUCGGGGCAACGGCAACUUCAAUCGGACGUGACAUCAUCAUUUGUUGGAUAUUGCACAUGCUCGUGCUCACCACCUUGCCGUCAAGAUCCAACUUGGCAAACAGCCAACCGUAAGUGAGCUUGACAUGGGACAAAAUUUUCCCACGAGCCAAAUAAAAGUAUCCAGACAAAAAAUAUGAACUCCGAUAUUUGAAUUGUGUGUUUUUAGUUCGCUCUUUUCGUUAGAAUAUCGUAUAAAUGAAACGCAUUGAAAAUUAUAUAGAAUAGUAGGUAAUACCAUGUACUAACUCGGCGUGGGAAUACUGAAAUAAAGUUGUCGCCGUAGUUGUUGUUGUUGCUGCAUGCAAGUAUUAAUAUUUCCCGGGAAUCAUUUCAAUACCAAACUAAGAAUACGGUUCCUUGGUAGCAUUUUAAUGUUCCUGUAAUUUGCAAGGCUUCGGCAAGCCUGUGGAGAUCAUUUUUUUUGAACACGAAAUUCUUCCUUGAACUCAGCUGCAUCUCGCAUGUUUUUUAGCGUGAACGGAUCGUAACUGUCCAGAGGAAAAUCGGGAUUUUUGGACUCAUAAUUUUCCCACAAAACGAGAACCUCUUCAUCCGAUACAUGUUGUCUGCAUAGCAAAUAUUUAUUCUCUUAAUUCUUUAUGUGAAGCCAUAUUCUCCUCUUCGGUAUUCUUCUAAUUAAAGGCGCCGUCCUUCUGAGUUCACUGCGAUCUUAAUGUUCUAUUUUUGACGGGGAGCGACGGCUGCCUUAGUUCCAGGCUUUCUCUGCCAGUCCGGUCGCCGUCGCCCCGUCUCCAUCUUAAGUUCCCUAAUGAUGAUGAUGACGACGACGACGACGAUGAUGAUAAUGAUGAUGAUGAUGAUGAUGAUAAAAAGGAAGUAUCGCUGCACUUUGCACAGGUUGCCAAAUAAGGUCUACAAAUUUGAUUUUGAAAUAGAACUGGAAAAAUUAUCCUUUCUACGGACACCUGGGAGACCAUAAUACAGCUAGAGCAAAGAGUCAGUCUCUUUUGUAGAGUUAUUGUACCAAGAGAACAUUUUCUUGAUUGCAUUUAUAUAGAGAUUCGUCAAGUACCACAUGCUGCCGAAACCACUCUACACAUCUGCAAUGGACAAUGGCCGUUUCGUAACAGUUGAGGGACAUUUUGUUGAUAUUAAAACAGGUGGGGAAGAAGAGGUCACGGUAAAUGACGGCACCGUGACAGACGCCGACAUAAGUGGAACUAAUGGUGUACUUCAUGUCAUCGACAAAGUUCUGAUGCCCGUUUCAGGUACCUUGGCGACACAAAAUAUAUACAGCUAUUUCGAGAAAGUAGUCGGAAAAAGUGCACGCGACAAUCCCGAAAGGUAUUUUGGGUGGUUUUGAGUUCACUGUUCUUCAAAGAAAUUUGAAACAAUGGCGUAAGAGGCCAUGGAUGUAUAUUUGCAAAUGCUGAAUGAAAGUAACAAUUAAGAGUAGGUUCGACAGCUACAGUGUCAAGAACAGUGUGUUGAUCAUAUCCCAUAUUACCUUUCAGGAUUGUCGCGUGUACAAGUUUUUUCCGACAACCUUUCUUAGCUGUACACGUGAGAUUGGGGGGAAUCUGGGCCUAGUUGCUCGAAGAUUGCAAAUCCAGUAUUGGUUACCCUGAAAAAAAGUUAUAUGUGGUGUUUGUAGUUGACCCAAGGUUAGACCCAAUCACCUUGGACGUCGACUCAAAAUUUUGACUUUAAUAACAGUUUCUAUAUGUUAGUGCUAUUAGAAAUGUAUGAUGGCGACGUCUUUGUUCUUGGGAACAAACUGGUGCAUCUUGAAUGAUGAAUUGACAUUUUCGUUGUCUUGUUGUCUUUUGUUCGUAUUACGUUACUUUUUUGGCAUAGUAGCCCUAGAUGAGAGUUGUGCAAAAUAGAUUUAAUUUAAAAACAUAGAAACACUAGAAACCAGUGAAGAUGAUUUUGUUCUUGGGGUUUUAUAUCUUCAGCGGUAGUGAAGGCAGUGUGGCCGAGUGGUUAGAGCGCUGGAAGUUCAACUCCCGCUCUGAUCGCUUGCUGGAUUUGUUCUCGAUAGUUACUAGUUCAAAUCCUCGGCCACGGGAACUGGCCAACGGUUUGCAUCCGGACAGUUGGCACGCAUCUGCUUGGCCCCACUACCAUUAGUGCUAUAAUAACUGUAGAGGAUAAAUAACGGAAAUUUAUUUAUUCAUUUUUAGCAAUGAACUUGUUAGAAGUGGCUAAAGCUUUGAAGCUGACCACACUGGUGCAAAACCUCAACCAAAGCAGUCUCGCGACCACACUGAGAGACAAACGAGGUCCUUUUACGCUGUUUGCUCCAUCAAACAAAGCGUUCGAGAAUUUACCCGAAUCAACCAAACAACUGUUACGGAACAAUCCUGACAAACUAAAGGAAAUUCUCAGUUACCACAUCAUACCUGAACAGAAAUUGACUUAUGAAUUUGGCAAGGACUUGUUGGUAAAUUCAUCAAGCGCGCCCCACAAGUUGCGGCUGAAUUCAUUCAGAUACGGAAAGGUGAGAAAUAGCUAAAAUUAUGUUCUGGAAUUUUUGUUCAAUCCUUUAGCUUUAAUUUCCUAGGCUACAAUUGGUUAGGAUGGUUGGGAUAAUGUGCUAGACAUACACCCCCCCCCCCCCCUCUUUUCCCACCCAUUUCGAUCCAAUCAACAGAAUCAAGGAUAUGUGAGGGUGGGGACAAAAUGAGAACGGACAAAUUCACUACAUUAUUUUUAAGAAAUCUAACGAUCUUGGAGCGUUUUGCCUUCAGAUCUCUUGAACAGUAGCCGGCAACUUUACUUGGACACCCUUAUUCGCCUCCUCUUAGCUUCCUCUUAGUGUACCUUUGUUUUGAAAAAAGUAUACAAUCACCUUGCAUAUUCAAAUGGUGUUUGCCCAGCCUCAUGAAAACGCAACCACCAUGCAAUUACGAUAGAAUCCCUUUAAAACAUCGUAUAUUCGAAAACAUAACAUCCGUUUUGGUCCGUCCACACGAAGAUGUCCACUCUGGGGGCCGUUUUCAAAAACCCGCGUGUGGACGAAAAGCUAGAACGAAGAAAAAAUAUUCCGGUUACGUGUGAACGGGACUACUACAAGUCAAUUAUAGAUUAGACCGGUUUAGCACCGACUGCAGGGCCCCAGUGGUCUGGGAUGGAGUCAAAUUUUUUGAACGCUUUUACGUUAAGAUAUAUCUCCAGCACUGUUUUUUUCAGCAAUAAUUCCUUAUUAUUCCCACCAACAUGAGGAAAAAUCAUCUAGGAUUAUUUUUCGUCAUUUUUACCCUGCAAACGUACCUGCUUUCUGGCCAGCCAGGUAAUCUUAUUUUGGCGAACACAAGGAUCUAUCAAAGUGAAGAGACGGUCGAAUUCAUGCUUUUGUUACUAUUUCAGGUACAUGCUGUGAAUGGCGCGUGUAUAACUAAAGCCAACGUUCAAGGCUGCAACGGGAUCAUUCAUGUCAUUCAGAAAGUCCUACUGCCGCCAACGAAAACAAUUUAUGACCUUAUCAACUCGGAUUCUCGCUUUGUCACCUUAGCGGAGGCCAUCAACAGGACCUCACUGAGGACAACCCUUCAGAAUCCCUCGGCCUCGUUUACUCUGUUUGCCCCAACAGACUGGGCCUUUGCUAAAUUGGAGCUCCGCUCCCCUGGGACAAUGGAAACACUCCUGGCCAAUCCAGAGGAGUUGACCGAAGUUAUGGAACAUCACGUGGUGAGGGGAACAUUUUACACGUGCGGUAUCCACUGCAUGUACAGCUACUGGUCGAUUUUCAGUAAUCACUUCGCUAUGUAUUCUAUGGGCCGCGGAGUCAUCAGAUUGAGGCACGCCGGGGGCAGUCGCGUUUAUGUUAAUGGCAUGCGCAUUAGUGACCUCGAUCUGCCUGCUAUUAAUGGAGUCAUUCAUGUGAUUGACGACGUGUUGGAGCUCUAUCCCCAGGGACGCCGCAAGCAUCGACAACUGGCGCACAGCCGGGUAGCAAGUCACGGUAAAAAGAGACGCUUGCAUUGA